CCUAAAACAAUUAAAAGUUACAAAUAAUUGGAGUGUGGAUUUCACCGGCCUCCCUGACUUAACUGAUAAUAUUUUAUGGAAAAAUUGCUUAUUAUUAUGAAAUUGAGUAUCACAGAGGACUGGACUUGGAAUUGGGUGACGCUCUGAUGCACGCAUAUCACAAGCUGUGGAACACAACGUUAGCCUUGUCAGAGGGUGGUGACUUUGGAGACUCCAUGCCCGUGAGGACAACUUCCAGACUGUUCCUUACACAGAAGGAAACAUUGCCUAAAGGAUCAAAUCAAGAAAUUCCCAAGCUUGGACUAAUUCCUCUGAAAUCCGAGGUUAUAGAAGAUUACGCUGGAGAUAUUUGGUCCGAACUACCUUUUGUAAGCAGUGAUGACCCAGCUAUCACCUGUCUUUCUAAGAAGAGAGAGUUUGAUGAGCUCAUACAUUGGCAUUCCUCUCAACCUCUAAGUGAUGAUUUUGAAAGGACAAGAAACAGCGAUAGUGAAGAAAAAUGCAGAAAAACUUAUUGAAGAAAAUCAAAAGAGACAACUAGCUAAACUAGAGAAAAAGGAGGAAGAGAGAUGGAAUAAUUUGUCUCUAUUGAAAA